AUGACUCGGCGGUUAUCUAAACAGAUAACCUGUCAACCACGUGCAGUGGCUAAGCUAAGCAAAUAUGUGCGGACCGAAAACACAAAGGGGAAUACAUUGCGAGCUCUUUUUUCGGGCCAUGCUGAUGCUCGGGCUGCAUCCAAUCCUUCGUUUGAGUGUGCGUUGGACCGCAUCACUGCCACUGCCCCGAUGCAUAUCGGCUACACAAAGCAAGAAACUAGCCCCUACCUUACAGACCGUAUACAUCCUACUCCGACCAGGGUGCGCACGUCAUAUCCAACGCAAAGCGAAUUUUUGAUGCCAUUUGCGGAUAAAGGGGCCAAUAUUGUUGAUGACGACGACUGGGUCUUCAGCCGGUUCCUGACCAAGCCUUUCUUCUGCCGCAAGGUCUAUACAAAUGAGUCGAUCCACGCGGGCGAUAUUAUUCAGGUUACAAAAACUGUUCUGCUCCGCGAUCAGGACUACUGGGGGGAGGAUGCGUACGAGUUCCGGCCAGAGAGCUGGGACGGGCUGGGGCCCUUCUGGAACUUCGUGCCCUUUGGUGGCCCGUCAGCGCAGAUGAUGGUCACAACCGAGUCAUCGUGUAUGCUCGCGCAUCUGGCGCAGAUAUAUGCACGAUCGAGUCCCACGACCUUGCGCCGUACACGGCGUAUGCGGCUUAGGCAGCAUGUUGAUCUUGAAUCUGAAAUAGAUAGAACUGGCCCAUCUAAGCUAUUACUAAAGAGUUCUGCUUAUAUACUUCAUGGGAUUGUUUCCUCCUGCGGCUUGAUCGGAUUCUGGGCUCCAGUCUUGGUGAAAGAAAGCACCAGGAUCGCAGCGGCGAAACUGCAGGGAACAAGCAGGUUCAGCGUCCCCGUGAAACGAUCUCCUACGAGGUUUGGGACUGCGUCCCACGGCGCCGACCCCGUUCAGCACCAUGACCAGGUUGAUCGAGUCCGCAAUGCCGAUCCGGUCGCGAGCAAACGUCCCCAGGUAGAAGAAGACGAAAUAGAGACCCCAGAAGUUGAAGAAAAAGCUGAAGAUGAACGCCACAUAGGGAACUUCCUUCAACGCCGUCCAUUCGACCAGCGCUCCGGUCUUUGGCGGGGGAAGACGGGAUCGGAAGAACAGCACGGACGGGAUAUGCGUCCCCAACAUGAUGAAGCCUAUCACUCGCAUCGUCAGGGGAACCCGACAUCGCUAUGUCAUGAACGUGCCGAGGAGCUGGAGGACGACGCCAGAGACAAAGACCAGUCGGAAAUAUCCUGCAUCGGUGGCUCGGCCGGUGUAGACGCCGACAAAGAAGAGAAAGACAUGGACGCUGCCGAUCCAAGCAAUAUCAGACGGAGGAUGACUGCAGGGAAGGGUCUGCUCGUAGUAUUGCUGGAACAUGCCGAAGCUGUUGGUGACGCCCCAGGUGUUGAAGAAGACGAGAUGGCCCAGGGCAACGUGCAGCCAGGCCUUGAAACCGCCGUCGGGAGGAGAGAAAGGUUCAUUUUUGGUAUCUUUUUCUCCGGAAGAGAUGUCUAG